AAAUUUACAACGGCCCUCGCAACAGCACUCAACUCCGUCGUCGUCAAUCCACGUAGUCGAACCAGCCGUCAAAAUGAGCGCCCAGGCCCUUAACAAGAUCGCUCCCAACAGCCCCUCGAGGCAGAACCCUUCCGAGCUCGAGACGAGCAUCGCUCAGGCUCUCUUCGACCUCGAGUCCAACACCUCCGAUCUCAAGGUCGCCCUCCGACCUCUCCAGAUCGUCUCUGCUCGUGAGAUCGAGGUUGGCCACGGCAAGAAGGCUAUUGUCAUCUUUGUCCCCGUCCCUUCCCUGCAGGGCUUCCACCGCGUCCAGCAGCGCCUCACCCGUGAGCUCGAGAAGAAGUUCUCUGACCGCCACGUCCUGAUCCUCGCUUCUCGCCGCAUCUUGCCCCGCCCCAAGCGAUCUGCCCGCUCUCGCAACAACCAGAAGCAGAAGCGACCCCGUUCGCGAACUCUCACCGCCGUCCACGACGCCAUCCUCGAGGACCUUACCUUCCCCGUCGAGAUCGUCGGCAAGCGCGUCCGCACCAAGGAGGACGGCUCCAAGCUCCUCAAGGUCAUCCUUGACGAGAAGGAGCGUGGUGGUGUUGACUACCGCCUCGACACCUACUCUGAGGUCUACCGUCGCUUGACAGGCCGCAACGUCAACUUCGAGUUCCCCCAGAGCGGUCCCGCUGACUACUAAGUCGGUGCGUCUACUUCAGAGAUGAACUAGUAGUACGAGGAAAAAAAUACAUGUCUUCACAUCAAUCCAAGGGCUGGGAGUGCUAUUCUUUAAACAUGGUUGGUUUGGUCACAAAAGGGGCUUGGCGUCUUUAAAGAAAGUAGCUUGAUAAAUGGUACAAGCUGCGUAUGAUUUGACAAGACAACCUAAACACUUCUUCGGUCCA